AUGCAAGCUAUCUAUGAGCAAGGCUAAUUUAUAAUGUUAUAGCUGUGGGAUGAUUAUAAAAGCUCAGCUGCAUUAACAAGAUAACUUAAUUAAAAGUGUGUAAUUUGGAGAAUGUCCUUCUACACAGACACACAAAAUCCUUAAAAUACCUUUUUUAAUUUUUAAUAAGAAACCUUAUAAAAAAAUUGA